AUGAGCUCCUCCACUCCCUACGCCAAAGAGCUGCAGCUCGCCAACCUCGCAGUUCAACGAGCAGCGCUUCUAACGAAAGAGCUCCUUUCAGCAGUCGAUAAAGGCGCCCUCGAUAAAAGCGAUGCCUCCCCCGUGACAAUUGCCGAUUUCGCAGCCCAAGCAUCCAUCAUCGCUGCCAUCCACAACGUCUUCCCAGACGACGACAUUGUCGGUGAAGAAGAUGCCACAGCCCUCCGCUCCAACCCCGAACUCCUCGAAAGAGCCUGGGAACUAGCAACCAGCACUCACCUCAACGAUCCCGAAAGCGAAGCCCUCCUCCAUACUCCAAGCACCCGCGACGAGUUCCUCGACCUAAUUGACCUCGGCGCAAAGGGCUCCUGCACCCCCACCAGCAGGACCUGGACUCUGGACCCCGUAGACGGGACAGCCACAUACAUCAGCGGCGGGCAAUACGCCGUCUGCCUCUCGCUCAUCGAGAAUGGUGUCCAGAAAAUCGGCAUCCUCGGCUGCCCGAACCUCCUACUGUCAGGGCCCGUCACAGAAGAUCGCGUCGAUCGCGACGGUUUCGGUCAGAUGAUCUCUGCGGAAGCCGGACAAGGCGUGACCAUCAGACCCAUGGGUCCGGGGGCUUUGCUGCCGGCGCGGCCGCUCGAGCAAGUUCCGCAGGUUGGAGAGGCGGACGUGCGGUUCAUUGAUACGCGCACGGCGCAGACGCAGGAUCUCGAGGCUCAUGGUCGUGUUGCGGCUGCGCUGGGCUGUCCGUGGCCGAACCCGGUGGAUCUAUGGUCUGCGCAGAUGCGGUAUGCUGCUAUUGCGGUGCAGGGUGGCUGUAAUGCUUUUGUGAAGGUGCCGCUGAGCGAUGAGUAUCGCUCGAAGAUCUGGGACCAUGCGGGUGGUAUGCUUAUUGUGCAGGAACUGGGGUGUCUCGUUACGGAUCUGGAGGGGCAACCGGUUGAUUGUGCGCAGGGCCGUACGUUGGCUAGGUGUCAUGGUAUGGUCGUUGGGCCGGCUUCGGUUCAUAGGAAGUUACUGGAGGCUGUGAGACAGGCGCGGGGGUUGUAG